GUCGCUUUGGAUAAAAGCGUCUGCUAAAUGGCAUAUUAUAUUAUAUAAGCCAUUAUCAAUAAUAUGCUAAGAGGUCACAUAAGACAAUACAGACAAACAUUUGAAAACAAUUUUAAUCUUACCAACAACGGCCUCCAGUCUUCCUUGACAACAGGUCAAAAGGGGUAAGUAGAAUCGGUAAGUAUACCAAUAUGAACAUACUGUACAUUUGUAUACAAACACAUUACUUAUUAGCAAGCAUGACAAAAACAAAGGCUACGUAGUCAUAGCUACAUUUCAAUAUGGUUAGCAAACAGCUAGGCUAGACUCAAUACAUCUCUAUGACAACAGCUAAGACCAUUUUUGCUAGCAAUCUUUUUUAUGUGGUAAAAAGAAGAAGGUAUUCAGAAAACAUAAAGGAACAUUACAUUUACAUAUGGUGAUAAGGAAGACAGGAUGACGAAGAAUGGAAGAUGAUUACAUUCGGGAUUGUCAAAAACAGUAGCUACAGUAGCUAACAACAACAAAGUAGGCUACUUUCUGUUUGGUCUUCUUCUCCGGUGUAGUCUGUUGUGAUAGGCCUACUUAUUUAUUACCAACAUCAAUAAGUAAAAAUCUCUACCUGAUUACUACGGGAAAUUACUGUUUUCCUACUAAACACUACAAAACUCUACUUGUGUAUCUUGAGUAGUGCAUAAACUACACAUUCACCACACAAUCCCUACAUGUCUCUACAUAGUCACUACUGCACGAAUAGGUUUUGUGUAUUAAUUCAGUAGUACUUUUUCAUUAGGGAAGAGUCUGACAAUGAUUGAUCUGGACUUAAAUGUAUUAGUCAUAAUAUACUCCUACGUUUUACCGAAACACCUCCUUUCACACGCUUUCGUGGGACAACCUAAUCUGUUGUGUGAAAAUAAUGAUAAGAAUGUCAGCCUCUGAUCAUUUAGCAGUAGGCUACAAUAGGCAACUUGUCAAUGUUUGUGGCCAGGCACAAUUACACACUUGAUCAUUAUCUUAGUUGUCUUCACUGUAAACUGUUGCACUAGUGAAAUCUUAUGUCCAGAAUUAUAUGAUAGCUCUACUUGACUGUGCUGCUGAACAGCUCGGAAUAUUUGGAGAUUACUUUUUCAUUUUGAAGAGAGGAGGCAAUAUUCAUCCUCUUUUACUAUCACAGUCUGAUCUUAUUCCUUGGCUUUUGUUUUUACCCUCUUUAAGACUGCCACUCCUGACACUCAAGCACAAAGUCACUGACACACCAUGUAAACUGAUAUUUGCAAUGCCAGUGAAGUGGAAUGAACCCGUAAUUCUACCCACUUAAGAACAUAGCCAUUGAGUAAAAUAGAAUGUGCGUUGCCUGCCAGCAUUCAAGAUGCCUGCAGUUAUUCCUUGAGGCCCAUCCUCUCUAGUGAUUUUACCCGCGCGUUCCGUUGCUAUGGGAAUUCUUUCUCCUCCCCCCUGCUCUCACCAACAAAAGUCACAGGUUGUGCUUUGAAACAACCAGCUUUCAAACUAUUCUGUCGAUUACUCAUUAAUUUCGCUCCAAUGAUGACUGGAUUUGUCAACAAGCUAACCGCAUAGAAAUAGUUUCUGCAUGUGAGAUUUUUUUUAAGUAUUUGACCCUGGUCUGUAACCAGAGCCACUACUGGCCCACUGACCCAUAAUGAAGACCCCAGUGGCUGAGGGUCGCCUGCAGGUGCUGCAGAUUUACCGGCUCCUCCAGUAUGUCCAUGAGGGAGACCAGCCCCAGAUAGAGAAGAUGGUGGACAUGGGUGUGGAGGACCUCAUCAACCUGACAGAGCCACAGGAGGGCACCGGAGUUCUCCACCUGGCUGCUGUGGCCAACAACACAGACAUGGUCAGCUUCCUGCUGGCCCAGGGCGCCCAGCCCAACGUCCAGGACAAAAGGGGACGCACCCCGGUCAUGUUAGCAGCUGAGCUGGGGCACAACGGCAUGGUGGCCCUGCUAGCUAAGAACUAUGCUGAAAUGAACCUGUUGGAUGCUGAGGGGAAAGGUGUGCUCUUCUACUGCAUCUUCCCCACCAAGCGUCACAUGCGCUGCCUGCAGGUGGCGCUACACAGCAUGGCUGAUGUCAACAACGUCUCGCUCGCCGGGACACCCGUGUUCCUGCUGGCGUGUCAACAUGCCGCCGACUGCUCCGCCAUGUGCCUCAGCAUCCUGGAGCAGGGCGCCGACCCCAACGCAUCCAAUCAGGUGACAGGCCGCACUGCGUUGAUGGAGGCAGCCAGGGCUGGGGCUGUGGAGCUGGUCAGAGCCAUCCUACUGAGGGGGGCGAACCCCAACACCCUCGACAAGAAACACCUCCACGCCACACACUUCGCUGCCAUGGGGGGAUUCUUUGAGGUGAUCCAGGUGCUGUCUGCUUACUCAGCUGACAUGGGGGUGAUGACAUCAGAGGGGGACACUCCUCUGCACUAUGCUGCCCGAGGGGGCUUCACUGAUUGCUGCAGGUUCCUAGCACAGAGAGGUUGUAACCCCAAACAAAAAAACCAGGAGGGUCUUCUCCCCCGUCAGAUUGCCAAAGACAAUGGCUACAAGGCAGUGGUAAAGGAACUCAAAAAAGCAGAGCGGAUACACGGGAAAUACUCCAAACCCGGGGUGUCCAAUCCCAACACUCCCUGGGCCCUGACCCUCCACGAUUGGUCCCACGAGCACGAGGCCGCCCUCCGGAAUGCCUUUUUGGACGAAUCAGAAGCCAAGGGAACGGAGACAGUCUCUAGGGAGAUGUUUAUAUCGGUGCUACAGAAGCUCCAGGCCCCAGUGGAACUGGACCAGCUCCAUAAGGUGGUAGUGGCCCACGACAAGAGGAGAGAAGGACUAGUCAACAUCAGUGACUUCUUCAAGGGCCUCAAGUACCUCCAGAAACCAUUUACCAUCGCCUCCUAUGGUCCCAAGAAGAAGAAAGGCGAAAAGAGAGGUAAAAAGGGCAAGAAAAAGGCUAAAUUCACUCUCCCCAUGCCUAUUUGUACCAUCCCACCUGAGCUUAUAUCCCGGCGGGACGACGGCGGGCCGCCUCACUACAUGAUCGAGACGUACCAGCAUUGUACUGACGUCACCCGGUUCGACCGCGACCACCCGCCAGUCCACCCAAUCGAGGAUGACUCCGCCUGGUACCUAGAUGAGCCGGAGAGGGUCUACAUCAACAUCAACGACUGUGUGAAGACGGGGGACCUGGAGUCUCUGAGCCUUGCCUUCAGUCAGGGGGUCCCUGUGGAUGUGAAGGACCGCUUCUAUAAGACCCCUCUCAUGACAGCCUGCUCCAGUGGAAACUACGAGGUGGCCCACUUCCUCCUCAACUUGGGGGCUGACGUGAAUGCAUGUGACCAGUUCCGUUGGACGCCCCUCCACCACGCUUCUCACGCUGGACAGCUGGACAUAAUGGAGCUGCUGGUGGAGAGAGGAGCCAAGGUGGACACGCCCACUCUCAACGGUGCCACACCCCUCAUGAGGGCCAUCGAGAGCUGCAGGCCCUGCUGUGUGGACUACCUCAUCAAGGCCGGGGCAAAGGUCACCGCAGAAAACAAGAAAGAGCAAAAUUGCUUGGACAUCGCCCAUGCCUAUGCAGACUUGAGGAUUGUGGACUUGGUCCAGGCUAAGAUUGAUACUCUUCCCAAACCCAAGGAGAACAAUAAAGGAAAAGGGGGUAAACCUCAACCUAAGCCCAGACCUGCAACUGCCAAAGAAAAGGGUCAUGGUCCGGUGACCCCUGCCCCAUCUGAGAAGGUAGUGAAUAAAGCGAUGUCCCUGAAGGAGAGCGUCAUCCUGCACAGCACUCAGAUCAUCAGCGGACAAGUCAACAAAGUGGACAUCAGCUAUGUGCCAAAAACGGUGUGGGGCAAGCAGACCAGCACCAGCCAGCUGGUGGAGAAGAAACAGAAGAAGAGGGAGAGGUUUUCCUACGAGGUAGACUUUGAGGACUUUAUGAUGCCCUUCAGUAAGAACAUCCAGCAGAAAUCUCUGAAGCUGACUCAAGCUACUAACUAGUGGGAACAAGACAUGGUUGUACUGAGUCAGAAGUUAUGUUUGCAGAUGGAAUAUCUUUGCCUCACGGAGUUAGGUUCAAAUCAGUUUUCAAUUCAGUCAAUUCAGUAAGUGAAUUGGAAUUAAUUUAGUCAUAUUUUCAAUUUAUGUAUUGAAUUUCAAUUCACUAUCUGAAUUGACUGAAUUGAAAACGGAAUUUACCCCAACCCUUUUGCCUUAGCACACUGUUGGCUGAGAGGAUUGUUUCCUCACUGUCAUAGAAAGCAGGUAAAUGUAUUGACUAAAAUAAGAGACACCGAGUAGUAGAUGUAAAGACGUAAGAAUAAUGUAUAGAUGUUGUUUACUGUAUCUAUUGAAAUAUAUCCACUUGAAUUUAGUACAAAAUUGUCUUCUUCUGACAUGCCUACCGAAUACUCAUUGUUAUCACUAGACACAAAGCACAUGGCUAAGAGUCUGUCCUAUAUACCAGACAGCUUCCACUCUUCCAGACAGCUUUACAGUUCUACGGAUCUGAAAUAGAAGGCCUAGUAUUGAUGUGAAAUAUGCUGGGGAGGAUCCAGAUCUGGGCUGGUGGUUGGCAUGUGUCAACGUCUCCUCUCUGUCUCUCACCACCGUUUGCCAGGCACGCUGGAUAGCAGGCCUCACUCUGCAGGUACACACACACACCUCUCCGCACCACACACUUCACCACACCACACACCACACGCACAUUAAGACACACCUCCCCAAGCCUGUAAAUGCCAAUGACAUUUUACAUUUUAGUCAUUUAGCAGACGCUCUAAUCCAGAGCGACUUACAAAUUGGUGCAUCCAACUUAGGAUAGGCAGUGGGAAAACCACCAGUUAAUUUUUUUUCUUUCAUUAUU